GUCUGCCCAUCACAGCUGCUGUCUGGGCAGGAGCUCUGCCACACAGAGCCCCUCUCCACUCCUCUCCUGUCUCCUUCACUGCUACUGUCUUGAUAUUGCAUAGGAAUGGAGGCUGUUGGCCAUCCUGCAGAUGUGCAGGCCUCUAACAGUGCCCCCACAGUGGAUGUCACCCCAGACCUUACUGAGGAUCUCAGUAAGCAGUUAGAGGACAUUAUCAGCUCCUACCAGGAGGCUGAGAUGCCAGCUGAGUCUGAGGAACUGGAGGAAGAGGCAGUAACAGACAUAAAAGAGCCUGACAGGGCCAAGGACCAGAAAAUGGGGAAAAAAAUGCUUAAAGGUCUUGGGAAGGAGGCCAUGCUCCUUAUGCAAAGUCUGAACAAACUUGGUACCCCAGAUCAGAAACUCGAAGCCCUCAUCAAGAAGCAUGCUGAGCUGCUGGAAGAGCAUCGCUCUGAGCAGAAGGAGCUAAAGAUGCUCCAGAAGAAAGUCCUGCAGGUUCUGAAAGAGAAAGACCAGCUGCAGAGUGAGCAUAGCCGAGCAGUACUGGCUCGCAGCAAACUGGAGGGGCUGUGCAGAGAGCUGCAGCGACACAACAAGACCCUCAAGGAGGAGACCCUGCAGCGAUGCCGUGAGGAUGACCAGAAGAGGAAGGAGAUCACCACUCACUUCCAGAACACACUUACAGACAUACAAGCUCAGAUCGAAGAGCACAGCAGCCGCAACAACAAACUGUGCCAGGAGAACAGUGACCUUGCAGAGAAGCUGAAGGGCCUCAUAACUAAAUAUGACCAGCGAGAGGCGAAUCUGGAGAAAGUGUUCAAGCACAGAGACUUACAGCAGAAGCUACUGGAAACAAAACUUACUCAGGCAAAUGCAAUGCUAAAACAGGCAGAAGAUAAACACAAGCUAGAAAAAGCACAUUUACUGAAACAAACGGCUGAGGCUAAACUGCAGGUGACACUUCUAAAAGAACAGGAGAAUGACAUGAAGGCCCAGCUUACUCUUUAUUCUGAGAAGUUUGAUGAAUUCCAAGGAGCUGUGUCGAAGAGCAAUGGAGUGUAUGCCACUUUCAGACAAGACAUAGAUAAAAUGUCGAAGAAAAUGAAAAAGCUAGAGAAAGAAGCAAACACUUGGAAAUCACACUUUGAAGGCUGCAAUAAAGCUCUUGUGGAAAUGGUUGCAGAAAAAGCCCUGAGGGAGAAAGAGUUUGAGCUCUUCACUCUGAAGACCCAAAAACUUGAGAAGCUCUGCAGGGCGCUACAGGAUGAGAGGAAAAAUCUCUACCAGAAGCUUCAGGAGACCCAACUGACUGGGGCAGCAGAGGACACAAUGACCAAAGAAGAGGUAACAGAAGAAACCAAAGCAAUCUAUCUGGAGCAAGAGACCACUGCAGGCACAGGGAAUAAACCCACUGCUACUGCAGCACCUCUUACUAAAGAUCCUGCUAAUCUGAAGGCAGAAAAGGCAGUACUUCAAGAAUUAGCAGCAUCUUUUCUCAUCUUGAAUGUUCCUGAGCAGCCCAUUUUACCUGCAGAGGCUAUUGGGGUUUCAGAACACCCUGGAAGCACAGACUCUACACUGGAGCAAAGAGAACAUACUGAGUUGCACCCUGAUGAAGAGAUUGACCCACCUACAGAAACAUGGUCUGAUGACAAUCAAGCAAUUAGAGACAAAGAUAUGGAGACAGUUGACUAAAUGUUGUAUGUCAGUGAGAAUUGUUACACUGUUAGUCAUGAGCUCAAACAAUUUAAGCAACAUGCUAAAUAAACCAUUCUCAUUUGACAAAUAAAUAUGUUGCCCAAGUUGUUAUGGAAACAAAAAUAAAGUGAUUUCUAUCAUUUC